CUUUCCCUCUCUCUGUCUCUCUCCCUCUCACUCUACUGUCUUAGAACUCUGUACAUUUACUGUCCCUUUACAAACACCAUCAUUUUCUCCUAAGCUUCUGCCUGAAUUUCAGAACUGAAAAACAGACAGUGAGCGAUUUUUUGUGGGUUUUCGAAAUUGAAGUAAUGGAGACCGAAAUGAGCGAAUCGGGUUCGGGCUCGAGAAUUCUGGGCCAAGAAAAAUGGUCGGGUUCUGGGAGUAUGAAGGCGGAGAUUGAUACAUCAGCUCCGUUUGAGUCAGUUAAAGAAGCAGUGAGUCGAUUUGGUGGAAUCGGGUACUGGAAACCCUCUCAACAAAAACCAGAGGACAUGGAAAAUAUUGACAUUGCAAAGGUGGAAGAACAAGCAGUGCUGCUGGAGAAAGACCUGUUUGUGAAAGAAAGGGAAACACUGGAUAUUUUAAAAGAACUAGAAACUACAAAAGGGAUUGUCGAAGAGCUUAAGUUAAAGCUACAGAAACAAGCAGCAGAAGUUAAUGCGACCCUGGAGUCAAGUGCAGAUGCUAGAAAUGAGACUUCUAAUUUUGAUGAAGAAGAGAAGGAUAACCUUGAAAAUCCCAAGGGGGAAGAGCUUCAGUUAAAGCUACAGCAACAAGCAGCUGAAGUUAAGGCGGCCCUGGAGUUAAGUGCAGAUGCUAGAAAUGAGACUUUUAAUUUUAAUGACGAAAAGAAGGAUAACCUUGAGGAUGCCAAUCAUCAGAAUUUGAUGGGAGGUUUGAGCCCAUUGCCCUCUUCAGCCCCUGGCUUAAUUUUAUUGGAACUCAAACAGGCCAAGUUGAACCUUUCUAGGACUACUAAUGAUCUUGCAGACACUCGAACUUCUGUUGAGUUACUUAACAAGAAAUUAGAGAAGGAAAGAAUUUCACUUGAAAAGACUCGUGAGAGGUUGACCACGAAUUCCUCUAAGAUAUCAUCUCUUGAGGAAGAGCUGAACCAGACGAAAGAAAAGCUUCAACGGGCAAAAGAUGCUGACAUGAAUGGUGGUUCUGAUAAUCCUGUGGAUAUUUCAAGGGAGCUCCAGCGACUGAGUUCUGAAGCAGAGCAGUUCAAGAAAAUGGGCGAUGCAGCGAAAUCUGAAGUUUUGAGAACAUUAUCUGAGAUUGAACAAACAAAAGGUAGGAUACAAACAGCAGAGAUCAGGUUGAUUGCUGCAAGAAAAAUGAAGGAAGCAGCUAGAGCAGUGGAAGCUGUUGCUCUUGCAGAGAUCAAGGCUUUGUCAAGCCAUGAGAAUUCAUCUGCGAAGUCCACACAAAAACCUGAAGGAGUAACUCUUACAUUUGAAGAGUACUCGUCGCUAACCUGCAAAGCCAGAGAAGCUGAGGAACUUUCCAAGACUAAGGUAGUAGAUGCCAUGCUUCAAGUUGAUGAAGCAAAUGUUUCAAAGAUGGAAGUCUUGAAGAAAGUGGAGGAAGCUACAGAAGAAAUCAAAACCAGCAAAAAGGCCUUGGAAGAAGCGCUAAACAGAGUUGAAGCUGCAAAUAAGGGAAAGCUGGCGGUUGAAGAGGCUUUGCGCAGGUGGAGAUCUGAGCAUGGGCAGAAAAGGCGUUCCAUACACAACUCUGCUAAGUUUAAAAACCCCCACCCAUCUCACCAUAGGAGGGACUCUCGCUUGCUUGAUGUGAAUGGGCUGAACCUAGUAAGCGAUGGCUCGACACCUGUUUUGAAGCCAACCCUCUCAAUAGGGCAAAUACUUAGCAGGAAACUACUUCUGCCUGAAGAGUUUGAGACAGGGACAAUGGCAGAAAAGGGUACUGUGAAGCGAAAGGUGUCGUUGGGUCAAAUGCUUGGUAAACAAAAUGUUGAUGUACUCCCAAGCUGGAAGGUUGAUAAGGAGAACUGUCAGAAGCAGUUUUCUGGAAAGAGGAAGAAGUUUGGAUUUGCUCGGUUCUCGCUUCUAUUGACAAAGCAGAGUAAGAAAAAGAAGAAGCCAACUCCAAACUUGAGGUGAUCCAGUGGUGAGUUUCUUUGGUUUGCAUCGGCACUAACUUCUAAUUUCUUCGCUCUUAUUGCUUUAACUCCCUCUUCCACUCUCCUGUUUCUUAGUGUUCCUGGUGUUCUCAUGCAGUUGUUUAUUUUAGGUAUUUGUCCUUAAUAUGUUUGCCUGUAAGAUGUUAUGAUAUGCAUCUUUUCUUUAAAGCAGCCAGCCGGUUGCAAUGCUUUAA